GAUGAAAUUUAUAAAUCGUCCAAGUGUUCAAUUGUUUUACAAUAAUGAAGACCUUAAAAAAGUAAUAAAAUAAUGUCCAUCAUUAUUUAAUUACAAACCUACUCCAUAUCUUAAUGGAUUAUUACAUACUUUAUUAGGUAUGUCUUAUAUCUAUUUUAAUAGCAUCAUUCAAACAUCCAGCUGAAAAACAUACAUCAAAUAGAGAAAUUGUGCAUGAAGCAGGAUUAUCUGUUGAUUGGAUUGAUAAAGGAAAUGGUAUUGAUAUUUAACAUCCACUUUUAUUUAUAAUGCCAGGUCUAACAGGAAGUGUAGAUGAUGGAUAUAUAAAUACAAUAGUAUCAUAAGCUCAUCUACAUAAUUUUCAUAAUAUCUGUAUUUACAAUUAUAGAAUGCUUGCUAAAAAUGCAGAUUUUUCUUUUAAACCUGAAUGUUACAAUUAUGGUUUAAAGAUGUAACCAAAUUAAUUUAUGCCUAAUUAUGUAAGUAAUGGAUUUUAUGGAAUUGAUAAUGAUUACUACUAUUUUGAAGAUGAUAUUAUAGAAGGCAAGAGAAUUCGUAUAGAUUUAGUGGCAGAUCUUCAUUACACAUUAGAAUAUUUGAAAAAUAAAUAUCAAUUUAAUAAAAUAUUAGCUAUAGGUUGUUCAUAUGGAGGUGUAUAAUUAGGUAUGUAUUUGGGACGAUUUGAAAAUAAAGCUCUUAUUAAUGCUGGAGUUACUGUUUGUUCUCCUCAUAUAAUGAAUAUCACUUAAAUCUUUUUAUCUACAUUUAUGAAUUUAAUGUUAUGUAAAAUCUUAUAAAGAGGACUUAAGGCUAUAAAAGAUCAAUUUAAUAAUAGAAAUAAUUACCCUAGUAAUUGGACAAUUGAUGUUAAAAAAGCAUUAAAUUCUACUUGGAUUCAAGAUUUUGAUACUUAUUAUACUUCUAGAGUUUAUGGAUAUCGAACAUCUGAUGCAUAUUAUAGACAUUUUUCAUUAAUUAAUAGAUUUCCUAAUGUUUAAAUUCCAAUGCUUUGUAUUUCUGCUGAAGAUGAUGGUGUUUGUCAUCUUAAAGGAUUAGGAAAAGACGAAAUGAUUCAAAAUGGACGUACAAUAUUGUGUUUGACCAAAGCUGGAGGACAUAUUGGAUUUUUGGAAGGAUGGAAUGCAUCAUCAUUUUGGUUUCCAAAACCAGCAAUCGAAUUUCUUACAUUUCACAGUUGAU